AGGGCGAGGGGGAACACGGCCCACGGUGGCGAAGGCGGCUUUAGUAGCAGCAUGAAGCGCGUCCAGACCGCGGAGGAACGAGAGCGGGAAGCUAAGAAACUGAGGCUCCUUGAGGAGCUUGAAGACACUUGGCUUCCUUACCUGACCCCCAAAGAUGAUGAGUUCUAUCAGCAGUGGCAGCUGAAAUACCCUAAACUGGUUUUCCGAGAGGCCGGCAGCAUACCAGAGGAGCUGCAUAAGGAGGUCCCCGAGGCCUUUCUCACACUGCAUAAGCAUGGCUGCUUGUUUCGGGACGUGGUGAGGAUCCAAGGCAAAGAUGUGCUCACCCCAGUGUCUCGCAUCCUCAUCGGGGACCCAGGCUGCACCUACAAGUACUUGAACACCAGACUCUUCACGGUGCCCUGGCCCGUGAAGGGCUGCACGGUCAAGUACACAGAGGCUGAGAUCGCCGCUGCAUGUCAGACCUUCCUAAAGCUCAAUGACUACCUCCAGGUGGAGACCAUCCAGGCCUUGGAAGAACUGGCUGUCAGAGAGAAGGCCAAUGAAGACGCUGUGCCACUGUGCAUGGCAGAGUUCCCCAGGGCCGGCGUGGGGCCGUCCUGCGAUGAUGAAGUGGACCUUAAGAGCAGAGCAGCCUACAACGUGACUUUGCUAAACUUCAUGGAUCCUCAGAAGAUGCCCUACUUGAAAGAGGAGCCCUAUUUCGGCAUGGGGAAGAUGGCGGUGAGCUGGCAUCACGAUGAGAACCUGGUGGACAGGUCAGCCGUGGCAGUGUACAGCUAUAGCUGCGAAGGCUCUGAGGAUGAAAGUGAGGACGAGUCCAGCUUCGAAGGCAGAGAUCCUGAUACUUGGCAUGUUGGUUUUAAGAUCUCUUGGGACAUCGAGACACCAGGAUUAACAAUCCCUCUUCACCAGGGAGACUGCUAUUUCAUGCUGGAUGACCUCAAUGCCACCCACCAGCACUGUGUUUUGGCUGGCUCACAGCCUCGGUUUAGUUCCACUCACCGUGUGGCAGAGUGCUCAACAGGCACCUUGGAUUAUAUCUUAGAACGCUGUCAGUUGGCGCUGCAGAAUGUCCUCAAUGACUCAGACGAUGGCGACGUCUCGUUGAAAUCCUUUGAUCCUGCAGUUUUGAAACAAGGAGAGGAAAUCCAUAAUGAGGUGGAGUUUGAGUGGCUGAGGCAGUUCUGGUUUCAAGGCAAUCGAUACAAACUUUGCACCGAUUGGUGGUGUGAGCCCAUGACUCACCUGGAGGGGCUGUGGAAGAAGAUGGAGAGCAUGACAAAUGCGGUGCUCCGUGAAGUUAAAAGAGAGGGGCUCCCGGUGGAACAAAGGAGUGAGAUUCUGUCUGCCAUCCUGGUCCCGCUCACCGUGCGCCAGAACCUGAGGAAGGAGUGGCAUGCCAGGUGCCAGUCCCGAGUCGUCCGGACUUUACCAGUACAGCAGAAACCAGACUGCCGGCCAUAUUGGGAGAAGGAUGACCCUUCCAUGCCUCUGCCCUUUGACCUCACAGACGUGGUUUCCGAGCUCAGAGGCCAGCUGCUGGAAGCAAGAUCCUAGAGGAAGCACAAGUCUUAGGUGGAGAAGGAAAAGAUAUCCUUGGCUUUCUUCCUCAAACCUUGGACAAGGGUAGUGUAGACUCCUCUCAACCCAGUGGUUAUAGGACCUGGGUUCCAAUUCAAAACAGCUAGAGAACAAAGCCCACAGAUUCUGAAGUGUUGAAACGUUACUGUGUUUUAGUCUGACUUGGUGUUAAAUUAGAGCACCCCUCCCUCCCCCCAAAUAUUCUUCACUCACCACCCCCCACACACACCUGGAGCCCUUUUGUCUCCCAAGGCAGCAGUAGAGAUGGGCUAAGCCUGUGACAAGCCUCACCUGCUCUCCUCUUUGGCUGGCCACCUCAAAGACCCGGAAGUAGGCCUGGCCAUAGGGUGACAGAACUAGAGACAUCCAUCCCAGCUUCUCACCGUGGCUUCUAGUGGUUAGACCAUCCAAGAUGGCAGCCAGUGUCUCACCGCGGCUGCACAGAUAUAAAUUCAGCUCAGUUGUCAUUAAAACUCCAUUCUUCAGUUGCCCUGGCGCAUGCUGAUGACUGCUGAUUUAGACGACACAUACAGAUGUUUAUGUGUUCCACAUCUGUGAGCGAGCCUUCCUUCUCCCAGCCUUCUGUAGUGGCUAAAACAUGGAGGAAAACAGUGAAAGGCAGUCACCACUGUCACCUCUUUCCUCCUCUGAGAGGGAAGGGGCCAUGAGCCCUGUGCACUGCACACAGGAAGAGGAAGGAGCUACAAGGAGACAGCCAAACCCUGUCUUUGCGGGGCUUCCCUGAUCCAGUGACAGAGACCAGCCCUGGGACCACUGUUCUGUGGAGCUAGUGUUUCUCCUAGAAUUCCCCACUCAUAGAUACUGACAGGUCGUAUGGGGGCUUGAAGCACCCAGUUCCCAACCCCGUGAUGUCAGAGCGUCAGAGAGAGCAUGGACUCCGAUUUCAAAGUGCCAGGAGUAAGACCCACCGCAGCACUCACUCCAUGACCUUUGCAUGUCCUUGGGUCUCAGUUUUCUCAUCUGUAUGAUUUUGGGAGGUACCCAAAAUGCCAACUCCUAAUGUGAAAAUGACGUGAUAUGACAGAGCUACAGAUCUAGAGUAAUUUCUAGCAUACCGCUGAAUAUCCGAUAUGUUCCAGUGUCGUUACGUGAGCUGACCUGGAAGAGGCCGUCUUCCUCCCCCCCCCCCCCCCGGGUCUGCAGUCCUUUGCCGUCUUGUGUCUCGUGGCCCACAUCUUUCCCUAGUGACCUGAGGCCUUUUGGUGGCUGAAAGGUUGACAACAGUUAGCCCAUGAUUCUCUUGUAUUGGCCGAGACCUGCAAUUGGAAGGACACAACAUAGUUGUGGUUUUUGCUGCAUCCAGGAUUCCAGUUAAGGUGCCUUCCUGCCUAGAAUCCACCAUAGAAGCUGCACUCCACCAGCCCCAAGGGCUUCCUGGUGCAGGGACCCAAGGCUCUCAGACCUUGAUUUGUUCCCCUUUGUCUCUGAGCCAGGACUUCCUCAUCAGUAGAGAGUGAGGUACAUUCUCACGGGGUAAAAUGGAACAACCUAAGUAACGGUAUAGGUGGCUUCAUAUGUCACAGGCUGGCCCGUCUCCCCAUCCCCAGCCAUCUGGCUCUGUGGUUUAUUAGGCCCCGUGAUAUUUCUUUGUUCUAUUUAAUUGGGUGCCAGAAUUAAAAAUUGAGAGAUUCCACAUAAAAUAAAAAUGUCUGCAUUCUCUUUAGAAGCCAGAAUACCUGUGAGCCCCUGGGUCUCCAUAAUCGCAUGGCGGUGGCUUGGCAAUGCCUGUGACCUUUGUGCUCUGCUGUGACCCUGUUGCUCCCUGUCACCAUUUUGUAAACCUGCGUCCGUCCCAGCAGCACUUUCUAGAGCUGCUUGCUCGCAUCCUUGGUAGAAAGCAGUAGCGUUGAGUGCUCAGUCCCUGCUCCUCCCAUUGGUCUAAGUUCAUGGUCUGCUUGUAUUGCUGUGCUGUGUGCAUUUGUUCAUACACAAUAAAGAAUUAAACGAUGAGAA